AGCCAAAGAUAAAGAGAGAGGAGAGAGAGUGCACAGAAACGCAAACACUCACUUCUCUUUUUCUACGUUUUUCAUCCCAACUUUUCUUUUCCCUCAACCAUUGCUUCUGUUUGAUCAAAGUCAAAACACACCCAAAAAGACCACCAUUCGCAACCUCUUCUCUCCCUUUCAACACAACACAAGUGGUUUUUCGCUUGCUCAAACAAGAACCAGUUCCUUAAACACGCGGUAUUUGUCUGUCUCCUCGGUGCAACAUUACGUACCCACACUGCAAUAGCUAGAAAGAAAGAAACAUUCAGAUUCUUUUGAUUAUUUCCCGGGUUUCCAAUUUUUCGUUUUACAACAACCGAAGAAAAUGGUCUUUCUUUUCUUUUUUCCCCUGAGGUUUUGGUCUGUAACUCCAGAAUCUUGAAACAACAUCCCAACAACGCAAAAACACGACGAUGUUGUUUCUUGUCAUUUAUUAACAUACGCGUUUUUGUGUGUGUGUGUGUGUGUGUUGGUUCAUGUUUCUGUUGUUGUUGUUGUUUAUCGAAUCCACUUCCGUUUUGCCGCACAUUAAUCCAAUCGAAUUUUGCCAAAUCGGGGACAUCCCGCAUGAAAAAUCUUAGGGAUCGAGGAAAAAACAAACAGCAUCAUCCCAGUGACGACGAUGACAUUAAUGAGAAUCGGAAUUUGAGUUUGUUGGAAUUUGGUUUUCAGAAUUUUGGAUCUGCAAGAUGAAGUCUUGGUCACUGGACGAGUGGAGGAAGUACUUUGGGUCAGCGAAUUCGGAUAUAUUUGAGAUAAUUGAGCACGCCAUAAUUGUGGCGGCUUCGGAUUGCCCAAAGGAGUUUAGAGUAAGGAGGGAUGGGAUUGCAGAGAGGUUGUUUUCUUGCAGGUUGACUCGGUGUGUGGGGUGUGACCGUGUUGAGUUGGCUGUGGGUGCAGAUAGUAAAGAGAAGCAUGAUAGUGAUGGUGAUGAUGAUAAUGAUAAGAGUGGGUAUGAAAGAGAUGGGGUUGAGUUUGAAGGUGCAGGGGCAAGCAAAGAGAGCAAGGUCAAUGGGGAUGGAGGGAGGGAUGUGAAUCUUGGUGAUAGCAAUUAUAGCUUUGGGGAGGCUGAGGCAUUGAGUGAUGAGAUGGAAGAAGAGUCUCGGUAUGUUGCGGAGAUUUUGAGGAUCAGGGAUGUUCUGCUUAACCCUGAAGAUGAGUCUGAGGCUGUGUUAUUUGAUUCAUUGAGGCGGCUUCAGUUGAUGGAACUCACCGUGGACUGUUUAAAGGCAACUGAGAUUGGCAAGGCUGUCAAUCCUCUCCGAAAGCAUGGAUCAAAAGAUAUUCGUCAACUUUCAAGGACUCUUAUCGAUGGCUGGAAAGAAAUGGUGGAUGAGUGGGUCAAGGCCACUACUACCACAGCUAUCACAGGUUCAGAAGAAGGUACACCGGAUUCAGUGAAUCCAUCUGUUGUAGAUGAUGAUGAAGAAGAAGGACUUCCAUCACCUCCCUUGGAUGAAGGGGCUUUCUUUGUCACUCAGGCUGGUUCAAUGGAACUGUCACAGUUCUUUGAUGGCAUGGACGACGACGGAAAUCCUCGACCAACUGGGCCAUUCAGCAAGAACCGUGAGAAUGGCAGAAAGCCGGUUUUCGACAGCCAUGUUGUAGAGAAGAGGAAGUCGCAGGCUUCCCAUGACACAGCCAUCAUUGACCGGGAUGUUAAGAGUCAGCAGCAAGCAAAGAAAAAUGAGGCUGUUGUGCCUGAGAGGCCAAAUAAACCAGUAACAGCUGAUUCCGGGCCUGGCAGACCCCCAAAAUCAAAUAUGCAGAGAAAAAGUAAUAUGGAGCCAAAGAUGCAGCAAAAAAUGGAGAACAAUUCAAUCACAAGGAGGCCUCCAACCGGUCAGCUAGAUAAAUCCAAGCGUUCAGAUGACUCGGCAGUCCACGUGAAGCUAGAAGCCACCAAGAGGAAACUUCAGGAGAGCUAUCAACAAGCUGAAAACGCCAAGAGGCAGAGGACAAUACAAGUUAUGGAAAUAAACGAUCUUCCCAAGCAAGGUUUGCACCGAAACACACAUUUCAAACCUGGAUAUCACAAUAGGCAUUGGGCUAAUGGUCGAAGAUAAAGCUAUUAUUCUAUGGUGGACCUGCAGAUUUAACAGCAUUUCCAAGCUGUUUGUUCUUUGGAUUGAAGAUUGGUCCCCUUGACUAUAGAAAAUAACAAAAUCCAUUCACCAUUUGGACUGCAUAGAAUUAUUCCAAUAGAGAGGGAAGUAAACCUUUAAACACUGUUUAUUUCCCAGUUUAUAGGAGUUAAGUAAAUAGGAAUUUUGUUCAUCCUAGAUUGGAUUUAGAAGAGGAUCCUAGCUUGGCACCUCUACUUUUGACUUGCUUCCAUAAUGAUGGUCUAUAGAAAUCUCAAUUGUUUCUGAUCACAUUUUUCUUGCACAUAUGACAUACUAGGGUCUCAUAUACAAGUUAGUAUAUAUACCCUUUGGAAGUGCUUUGUCACAACCUCAAUGGGCUUUAAACUUGUAGAUGUGAUUAUGUUAGCAGGUGUAUGAGAAUUUUAAUAUGAAAUAACAUUAAAUCAUUUUUUAA